CAUUUUGGACUACUGUCGUAAAAAAGAUUGGAGCAAAUUUCGAGGGAAAACGUUAGCGAGACGACGGACGAGGUUCCCUGCAGCUUGUGCGCACUUGUCGCCGCACAUCUUCGCGUGGGUUGCUAGUUUGAAGACAAGCUCAUCUCAGCGAACUUUGAGGCUUCUCUGGUUAGCUUAGCUUGCUAGCUGCUAACAAAGACGCUUGAAGUGAUCAACGCAUCGCCAAGCGGAGAUCGGGUGUGAGUGUAAAGUGUCGCGAUCGUGUGAAAAUGUGUCCAAAUGUCCAAAUGCUGAGAGCGUUGGUGAACCAGCGACUAGCUUUGGCUGUGGAAGAAAUAUUUGUAGUGUUGGAAAGAACCAUAGCAGAGUACGAGGAGGAACUUUGUCGAACAAAAGAGGAGAACGAGCGACAACGUCAACUACUGGACGCUGUUUCCAAGAGGUACCACCUAGCAGACGUCGCUGAGGAACAUCUUCCCUCUGAGCAGCAGGACCGGCGCUCCAGGGUGGGGCGGGAGGAGCCCCGGCCCCCCCACAUUAAAGAGGAAGAGGAGGACCACAGCAUCAGCCAGCAGGGAGAGCAUCCUGAAGAACCGGAGGAGUUCCCAGUGAUUGGCGUCGUCGUGAAGAGUGAAGACGAUGAAGGUGAAAGUGAGGAGAAGAGAGAGGCGGAGCCUCCGAUGAGCAGCUCAACUCAACACAUGACAACAGAAGCCGAUGGAGACCACUGUGGAGGAUCACCAGCAGACAAGCUCUUAGCUCCACUAUCAGAUAGCGAGCACACGACGUCACACUCUCCUGACACUGAUGAUGAUGAUGAUGAAGACUCCAAAGCGGAGGCGGCGUCUCACGAUGAAAGCAAGCGCUUUAAAUGCUCUCAGUGUGACAAGACCUUCAAUUACCGCAGCAAUAUGAAAAUACACAUGAGGACGCACACAGGAGAGAAACCAUACAUGUGCUCAGUUUGCGGUAAAACGUUUGCUCACAAGGGAAAUUUGACAACGCACACGAGAAUGCACACCGGAGAAAAACCGUUUGUGUGCUCGGUUUGUGGCAAAAGAUUCUUUCAGCAGUCCAAUCUGAUAUCGCACACGAGAAAACACCGAGAGCGAGAGAAAGCGUUCACCUGCUCCGUGUGCGGUACCGGCUUUGUCCGUAAAGUGGACUUGAAAAUACACACAAGAAUACACACCGGAGAGAAACCUUUUACAUGCUCGGUGUGCGGUACAGGGUUUGUCCGUAAAGUGGACUUGAAAAUACACACAACGGUACACACCGGGGAGAAACCUUUCACAUGUUCGGUGUGCGGCAUAGGUUUUGUACGAAAUCAGCAUUUAAAAAUACACAUGAGAACGCACACUGGGGAAAAACCGUACGCCUGCUCCGUCUGCAACAAAAGCUUUUGUCAACGAGCGCAUCUUGUCACACACAUGAGGACACACACCGGAGAGAAAGUGCUGAGUUGCAGCGUGUGUGAUGAACGAUUCUCUUAUAAGUACCAGCUGAACAACCACACGUGCGCUGGCGGGAACAGCAGCAGGAAGUGAAGCUGCACCGCUUCCUGCUGGGGGGGAACAGCAGCAGGAAGUGAAGCUGCACCCCUUCCGAUAGACGGUAAUGUUGACGUUCCAACAGUAUCACAUAUGACGUGUGGAGAACGUCUUCAAUGCUGGGGCCGUUUCAAUCAGGGGCGGGGCCAUUUCAUCAGAUGUCUUAAAUAUGCUAACAAGGUAUGACUGAAUACUUAUAGAACAAACUAAUAACAAGAAUCCGAUUAUUCAUAUCAACGUCUCCUAAUAUGUCAACUUUCCUUUCAAUAUAACUUCUUUAUAUUAUGAUUUCAUUACAAACUUGUUCAAAACAAAAAUGCAAAUGUUUUUAAUAUUUUUUUAAUAAUAUUUCUAUAUUUUUGUUAUGCUACGAUACAACAUUUUCCCUAAGUUUGGUGAAAUGUUCUUAUUGGAUUGGAACUUUUUUCCCUAAAUAUUCUGAGUUUGUUCUUGUCGUCAUUCUUGCUGUUUGUGUUGAGUAUUCUUCUAAUGUGCUCCAAAAGCCACCAUGGACAGCGACUGGCCACAGUGAAGCAGCGUAGUGGGCGUGGCGUGUCCACCGUACUCGAACAGCAGUCCGUGUGGAGAUGUAUCCUUAGUGUGGCGUCAAUAAACACGGAAAAUGGAUCCUA